AUGCUAUUAGUCGCAACACUUCUCAUCGUUCUUGGUACUAGUGCCUAUGGUCAACUUCAAUUGACAAUUCGUGACAAUGGAAAAUUGUGUUCCCCAUGGAUAACGGUAGAUGGUGGUCAAGUGUCACUGUCAUAUACACAGAAUCAAGAAUGUGCCGGACAAGUUGGUUUUGAGCAGGACAAUAUGCGAGUUCGUCUCUGUUGUCAAGUAAUGUCUACAACUACAUCAUCACCUAUCUUUCCUCGUGAAUGUGGUAAACAACAAUAUCAACCAUCCAGACCACGUAUUGUGGGAGGAACACAUGCUCGUCCAAAUUCAUGGCCAUGGCAAGUGCGUAUACAAGCUGGUAAUGGUCUCUGUGGUGGAACUCUAAUUGAUACAAGACAUGUUUUAACAGCAGCUCAUUGUUUUCAAACACCACCUGUUAUACAAAAUCAUAUGGUCUAUGUCGGUUCGCAUUAUAUUAAUCGAACAGCCUAUAAUGAACAGAAAAUUGCUGCAGAACGAAUUUUUAUGCAUGAACAGUACAAUGCAGAGACAAGCGAAAAUGAUGUUGCUAUUAUUCGUCUUUCAAGACCAGUGACAAUUUCAGACAAGAUCAAUAUUAUCUGUUUACCAGGUCCUGAAGCACACAAUGAGAAUGAAACAGUUUGGGUUGCUGGUUGGGGUACAACAUCAUUUCAAGGUGAUUCAGGAGGACCAUUGAUGUACGAAUCAAAUGGACGAUGGUUUUUGAACGGUGUUGUUAGUUAUGGCCAUGAAUGUGCUCUAGAUGGAUAUCCUGGUGUUUAUGCUCGUGUUAGCUAUUAUCUACCAUGGAUCAGAAGUAAAAUGAGUGCAGCUUAG